CCGUUUUCAUUGUUGUGCUUUUUCUGAAGGUCUAGCUCAGUUAGAGAUAAAAGACCAAUAAUUCUGCUUGCGUUUUAAUGUAAAAAUCAUCGUUACCGUAAUGCCUUUAUCGAAAUAAUUGGUCUUCCAGGUGGUGUGUGAGUGGGAGUGUUUUUACCACGUUGUACUCGGGAAGCUGGCACCAUAGGGUCCAGGCCUCAGCCACCGCCCAGCAUAAGGGCUGGCAGUCUGAAGGACCCCGAGAUCGCCGACCUGUUUGAGCGCGAUGACCCGGAGCGAGUGUUUGAGGAUCUGCGUGAGAUCGGUCACGGCAGCUUCGGCGCCGUCUACUACGCCAGAAAUGUCGUCACAAAGGAGGUGGUCGCCAUUAAGAAGAUGUCGUACACAGGCAAACAGAGCGCCGAAAAGUGGCAGGAGAUCCUGAAGGAGCUGCGCUUCCUGCGGCAGCUCAACCACAAAAACACUGUCGAGUACAAGGCCUGCUAUCUCAAGGAUCAUACGGCAUGGUUUGUGAUGGAGUAUUGUCUGGGCUCGGCCUCGGACAUCAUCGAGGUGCACAAGGCGCCACUGAAGGAGGACGAGAUCGCUGCCAUCACCGAGGACGUGCUGAACGGGCUCGACUACCUCCACUCGAUGGGCAAGAUCCACCGGGACAUCAAGGCCGGAAACAUCCUGCUCACAGAGUACGGACACGUCAAACUCGCUGAUUUCGGCUCGGCCAGUCUCAAGUGUCCGGCCAAUAGUUUUGUGGGCACGCCGUACUGGAUGAGCCCGGAGGUGAUCCUGGCCAUGGAUGAGGGACAGUAUGACGGCAAAGUGGACAUCUGGUCACUGGGCAUCACCUGCCUGGAACUCGCGGAGCGGAAGCCGCCGUAUUUCAACAUGAACGCUAUGAGUGCCUUGUACCACAUAGCGCAGAACGACAGCCCGACGCUGGCGUCUCGCGGCUGGUCGGACGUGUUUCGCCACUUUGUGACGCUGUGUCUGAUGAAGGACCCGUGUGACCGACCCACGGCCAGUCGGUUACUCUCGCACCAUUUUAUCGUGCGGCCUCGCUCUCCGAACAUCAUUCUGGACCUGAUAGCGCGCACCAAGGCGGCCGUGCGCGAACUGGACAACCUCAACUACAAGAAGAUGAAGAAGAUCCUGAUGGUGGAGACGGAGACGGAGAGCACCGUCGGAGACAUCGAGGUGGACUCUGUGGGCGACAACGGCGACCUGCUCGGCGACGGCAGCAAGUCCAACAGCAUUACGUCUGAGCAGUCUGCGGCGAUAUCGGCCAGCAGUCAGAGCAGCUCCACCAGCAGCAUACCGCCCGGGGAGGGCGGCGCGCAGGGCUUCCUCACCGCCGGCAGAAAACCAAAGACGGAGGCGAACAGUAACAACUUCGCCACGAUCCGCACGACGACGCUCAUCACGCGCCAGCAGAAGGAGCACAUGCAGGAGGAGAUGCACGAACAAAUGUCCGGCUACAAACGCAUGCGCCGCGAGCACCAGGCCGCGCUCAUCAAGCUGGAGGAAAAGUGUCGUGUGGAGAUGGAGAACCACAAGGCGGUGUUGGACAAGGAGUACGAGAGUCUCAUCACCCAGUUCACCAAGGAGCUGGAGCGGCUCCAGGUCAAACACAACCAGGAAAUGGAGAAAAAGGUGAAGGGCGACAACGCCGCUGAGCGGGCGCUACAGAAGGAGAUCACCACUCGGCACGCGGCCGAACACAAACUCUACCUGGCACAGGCCAAAAAGGAGAACAAACAGAACAUCGAGCGCUGGAAGCGGGAGCUCAGCACCGACGAGAGCACGCCCAAGAAACAGCGAGACGCCAUGCUGCAGAACCACAAGGAGAGUAUCCGGCAGCACGAGUCGUCCGAGGACCAGCGUCUGAAGCGCACCCACAAGGACUACCUGGACCUGGAGAUCCGCAAGUUCCGCCGCCGGAAGCUGGUCGGCCAGCACCACCACGAACAGGACCUGCUCAGAGAUGAGCUGAACAAGCGGCAGCAGCAGCUGGAGCAGGCGCACGCCAUGCUGCUGCGCCACCACGAUCAGACGCAGGAGCUCGAGUACCGACAGCAGAAGGCCGUGCACGCCAUGCGCGAGGAGCACGUCAAGUCGAUGCACACCACCGAGCUGAACAAUCAGCACGAGUACAUGCGGCGCGCCCAGCGCGAGCUGCGGAAAAAGCACGCCCUAGAGCUCAAACAGCAGCCCAAGAGUCUGAAGCAAAAGGAGGUGCAGAUCCGCAAGCAGUACCGCGAGACGUGCAAGAUCCAGACGCGUCAGUUCAAGGCGCUGAAGCAGCAGAUUCAGCAGACGACGCCUAAGGAGGAGCAGAAGAGCCUGCUGAAGCGACUCAAGGAGGACCAGAAGCGCAAGCUGGCGCUGCUCGGCCAGCAGUACGAGCACAGCAUCGCCGAGAUGCUCCAGAAACAGUCGAUCCGACUGGACGAGUCUCAGGAGGUGGAGCAGCAGCAGCUCAAGGACCGGCUCGACCGAGAGCUCGAGAUCCUGAUGGCCUACCAGAGCAAGAACAAGCUGAACGCCGAGCGUCAGCGUAACAAGGAACGCCGGGAGCUGGAGGAGCGCGUCAGCGUCCGGCGCCAGCUGCUCGAGCAGAAGAUGAUGGAGGAGCGGCAGCAGUUCCAGCAGGAGCGCGCCGAGCGGAUCCGGCUCCUGCAGGAGCGCCACCACCUGAACCUGGAGCAGUUCGACGACGAGUCGCUGCGGCUCGGCUUCUCGGCCCUGCAGGUGGAGGACGGCAGCGGCGGCGGCGGCAGCGGCGACGACGGCUCGUCGCUGGCCGGCGGCGGCGGCGGCAGCAGUGGUCAGCUGAGUGUGGCGCGCGGCCGGCCGGCCAGCGGCGCCGCGCCGCCCCAGUACCCGCCGCGCCACCUGCACGGACACCGGCCCCAGUCGGCCCUGUAGGCGGCGCCACCGGCGCGGACUAUUUAUUGUAGAUGGCGCCAGCGCCGCCGACGGCUCCCCAGGCCGAGACCGCCACCCUCACGUGCUUGUGUAGAUAUAUAUACAGAUGAUUAUUAAUUUGUCAUAUGGAUAGGACGUGUAUUAUGAUUUGAGAGAGCGAGAGAAGAGAUGGUGACCGAACACUGUACUAACUGGGCCGCUGCCGCCGGCGGCCCGUGCGGUACGCGCCCGUCAGGGAGGCGGGAAUACUCGGCCACGGCCCCGCCGCCUGCUGCCCGCCCCGCCCCGCCCGCCGCGUCCGCCCGCCCGCCCGCAGUGCUCUGUCUCCCGCCCCGCCCGUCGUCUGCUCUCUCUCUCUCCACCUCCGAGCGCCCCUCCCUUUCUCUCUCCUCGUGUUCGUCUAUCCCUUAUUGUUCGGUGUACGCGUCUACCUCUUAUUUACCGCCUACGUUGCUCCUCGAGAGUUGAAAUGUGAUUCUUCCGCGCAGUGACGCUCGGCGUCUCUCGAUGACCGAUAAACAAAUUUAUCAAGAACAAUGCUUAUUUUUGUACCAUGCUGCUCGGUCGACUCCGGGGCUCGCUUUGUUCGCCGCCCAAUAUUGCGUACUGCCAUGCUGUAAAAAUUGUAUUUUUAAUAAUUUUGUUGAUGCCAGUUUGUGGUUGUUCCGUUCGAUGACAGCGGUAUCGCAUUGUAAUCCCGAUAGGCUUCACCCCAUCUAGUCUUGCCGCGUGGGAUUGUGUUGCCGCCGGCGGAGGAUGGACGGCCGUCCGGCGCCCGCACGGGUCCGCGGACCGCCCGCCCGUCCGCCGGCGCGCGCGCAUCAAACAGCGAGAGCCAGGGGCCGUGUUAGGUUGUGAUAAUGACUGAGAUUUCGGCCGCCGCCGCCGGCGCGCGCGCGGUGUGUCCGGCCCCGGCGCGGUGCGGGCUGCCACCGGCCGUGUGUCACAGAGGGUCGCCGGUGGGGACACGGUCCGCUGCCGCCGGCCGGUCCGACCAGCGCCGCGCCGUCGGGACGCCGCCACCGCCGCCGCCGCGGAGCGCUCAUGUAGCUGUCAAAUUAUGAUUGGUUGGAAAUAGACGGAGCUCGCGUCAGCGACUGGUCGAGAUCGGAGCUUAUGACGCGUUCGGACCACGCUUGCACUGUUCCUGAACCCCGUACCGUGAGCCAAAUUAAUAUUUCCAGUCUUUCCCUAGACGCUAUUUAUUCCAAUGUUCCGCCAUCACGUUUAGGGGCUUUUAUUCCGGGAGCAGAAUAUGUGGCUUUGGGAUAACAAAUACAUUUUAAAUACGAA